ACGGCAGCCUGAGCGAGGAGGUGCCCGCCCAGCCCCCGCCCGCCCCCCCCAACCACCAGUACGCCAAGUCACUGCCCGUCUCCGUGCCCGUCUGGGCCUUCCGGCAGCCGGGGCUCGAGCAGCGCUCGUCCGACGAGGAGAACGCCAAGCACUCAUCCCCCGACCUGGAGAAGAUCGCGGCCAGCAUGCGGGCGCUGGCCCUGCGCGGCUCCGACGGCACUGAGAUGUUUGGGGACCUGCCCCGCCCCCGCCUCAACACCGGGGACCUCCAG